AUGACGCGUCCGGUCGCCACCGCUUCUCACGACCCGCAACGUGUCUUCCGCCGCCAUCAAGAGCUCAUGAGACUGUACUCGACAUCCGCUUGUCGAAGCGGCAGCGUCAGCAGCAGCACCACCAGCUCUGUGGACUCACGACAUUCUCUUUACAUGUCUCAGAGUGACCUAGAAGUUCUGAAGAACAAGUUCCAGUUCCUUCGUGACGACGACGCGGACGCUGAACAGGGCGAGACGGACUGGCAGAUCCGAAUGAGCGUUCGUUACUACCAGCAGCUCUUUAGGGAGUACGCACUGGCUGAUUUGUCGCGAUAUACCGAGGGAAAGAUCGGACUUCGCUGGCGCACGGAGGCGGAGGUCGUAACGGGCAAAGGACAGUUUAUAUGCGGGAACAAGCGUUGCGACGCACGCACUCAGUUGCACAGCUACGAGCUGCUGUUUGUGUACGUGGAGCAUAGCGAACGCAAGAAGUGUUUGGUGAAGGUGCGGGUAUGCACUGUCUGUGCCGAGAAGCUGUUUUUUAAGAAAUUAAGUGAGAGGAGAAGGUAG